UUAAUUUCCAUAUUUGAACCUAAUAAAUCCCAUAUUAUAUAUAGUUUGAAUUGUUAAAUAGAAAAUUUUAGAAAUAGUUUCAAAAAUUUGCUCCUUUGCAUCUAUAAAAAUCGAUCAAUGCCGUGAUUUGAAUGUUAUAUGAUAUGAAUCUCGUAGUAUGCAUAGAUUAGAUAAAAAAAAAGAUAACGCAUGACUCAGUCGUACGAAACCCACGGAAAGAUCAUCAUGAAUCAUGAACCAGAGAAGAAGAUCAGCAAAGUUAUAUGGCCUCAAUGGAUCGCUGGUAUCGGAGUCACUCUCCUAGCACUGGAAAUAGGAAUGAUGACGGCUUGGAGCUCACCGUACAUCGCCCAUCUGACUUCGCCCGAAUCUCAAAUUCCUAUGACAAUGGACAUGGCAUCCUGGAUAGUAUCGCUUAUAAAUCUAGGCAGAUUAAUUGGCGCCGUUUCUGGAGCGGUCAUCAUGAAUUAUCUCGGAACCAAAACGACAAUCCUCAUCAUUACUUUGCCGAUAGGUCUCUGCUGGAUUUUUACAAUCGUGGCUAAUCAAGUGGAGUGGUUAUACGCGGCGAGAUUUCUUGGUGGUAUCGGCAUGGGAAAAGCAUUUAGCUUUCCGUUUUACAUAAGUGAAAUCGCAGAUCCUAGCAUCCGCGGAGCUCUAGUCGUUUUAGCUAUGAGCGGAUUAUCGAUAGGCAAUCUAACGAUGAGCAUCAUGGGUGCAUAUUUAAACAUAAAAAUCUCUGCCUGCGUAGCCCUUAUCUUCUGCAUUAUAAUGAUGAUCAUUUUCAUCUGGUUGCCAGAAUCGCCGCAUUAUUUCAUCAAAGUGAAAGCAGAAGAUAAAGCGCGAGCGUCAAUACUUUGGUAUCAUCGCGACUGUAACGUGGAAUCUGAGUUACAAGCUCUGAAGAACUUCAUUGAGACGAAUAAUAAUCUACCUUUCAUAGAUACUCUAAAAGAGUUCAGACGUACGCAUAUCUGGAAAGCCCAGUGUCUUAUACUUGUGCUCUUCAUGUACAGUCAGAUGUCCGGUAUGAACAACGUAACCUUUUACAUGGAAACGAUUUUACGAAAUGCACAAGUGACCGUCAUAGAACCAGCAGUGGUCGUGAUAAUCACUACUGCUACUGGAAUCGUCAGUUCCUUUCUCUCCAUGUUGCUAAUCGACAAUUUCGGCAGACGUAUCGUGAUGAUUAUUGCCAGCUUAAACGUCACGUUUUCGCUAAUCUGCUUGGGCACAACGUUCCAACUUCUCGACAAAGGCUUCAAUCCCGCCGAUAUUCAGGCUUUGCCGAUUUUUUCGAUGUUAUACUUCCAGGUAGCCGUCUUCAUUGGCAUUCUUUCGGUACCCGUCACAGUACUGGGCGAAAUCUUUCCGCCGCACGUUAAAUUCGUGGCCGGUUGCAUUUGCGGCGUCGUAGGUGGAAUCUUUGCCUUUAUUUCCACGUCGACUUAUCAACCCUUAGUGAAUCUAAUCACGGAAAAAUAUGUCUUCUACAUUUAUGCCCUGGGACUGAUAACCGCUAUACCGUUCACAUUCUUUUAUAUGCCUGAGACCAAAGGCAAGACUUUGCAACAGAUCCAGGAAGACUUGACGAAAAAAAAUUGAGUCGAUUGCAUUUAUCGAAUUAUUCCGAUAAAUUAUAAGAAAUUCGUAGUAGAUGAUAAUUAAGUUUCCUGAAUUCAUUGCGAGAGGUUUUUCAUGUGUCGUGUCGAUGCCAGGUAAUACAACUGCCACUGUUAAUGAUCUAAUAAUUUUCAAUCUCUUGUAAUAUUUUUAUUCUAUUCAGUCGUUGCAUUAUUGAACGAUUUGUUUUACGCGCUGACGAGAUCGUUGUUUCUUUAUUAUAAUUUAUCUAUUUAUGUACGAUAAGCAUUUGACGCUCACAAUUGAUCUCUGAACGACGUCAUACACCCAAUGAACGUAUUGUUGCAAAGUUUGUAAUUGUACAUAGAUAAGCGUUUUGUACAAACCGAUAAAAAUAUACAUUUUUU